CAUAAUUAUACUGUACAUGUUUCUGGCCGUGUCCAUUGUGUGCGAUGAUUACUUCCUACCUUCCCUAGAGAUCAUCAGUGAAUGCCUUGGCCUCUCACAGGAUGUAGCCGGAGCCACUUUCAUGGCUGCUGGAAGCUCUGCUCCAGAGCUUGUCACUGCUUUUCUAGGAGCUUUUGUGACAAAGGGAGACAUCGGCGUCAGCACCAUCCUUGGAUCAGCAAUAUAUAAUCUUCUUGGUAUUUCUGCAGCUUGUGGGCUGUUUUCCAGUGUGGUUUCCAGGCUGUCCUGUUGGCCGCUGUUCAGAGACUGCCUGGCAUAUACCAUCAGUGCAGCAGCCGUCCUUGCCAUGAUAUCUGACAGCAGAAUUUACUGGUAUGAAAGUGCAUCCCUGUUAUUGAUAUAUGGGUGUUAUAUUCUGGUACUAUGUUUUGACAUUAAAAUCAACCAAUACCUCAUGAAAAAGUUCAGUCCCUGCUGCACGUGUUUCACAAAAGCCAUGGAAGAGAGCACGGAGCAGCAGCCACUGGUUGGAUGGAGGGACGAGAGCGGCCCUCUCAUUCGCCAACAGUCACGGACAGACAGCGGCAUUUUUCAAGAUGAGCUGGACUACUCUCAACUUUCCACAAGCUUACACGGGCUCGAUGAAAUCUCUGAAGAUCAUCCAAAUGUCUUUACUAUGCCUGAAGCAGAUAUGAAGAGAAUUUUGUGGGUGUUAUCCCUUCCUAUUAUCACACUACUCUAUUUAACUAUACCAGAUUGCAGAAGACAGUUUUGGAGGAACUGGUUCAUGGUGACAUUUUUAAUUUCAGCAGCGUGGAUUUCUGCAAUAACUUAUGUUCUUGUAUGGAUGGUAACAAUAGCAGGUGAAACGCUGGGAAUCCCAGAGUCAGUCAUGGGUCUCACCCUACUGGCAGCAGGAACCAGUGUACCAGAUACAGUUGCAAGUGUGCUGGUGGCUCGAAAAGGAAAUGGAGAUAUGGCUAUGUCUAACAUCGUAGGAUCCAAUGUAUUUGACAUGCUCUGUUUGGGAAUACCCUGGUUUAUAAAAACUGCCUUCAUAAAUACAUCAGGACCCAUAGAAGUGAACAGCAGUGGUCUGACAUACACAGCCAUUUCUCUUAUCUGUUCUGUUGGUUUCAUUUUUCUGGCAGUUCACCUGAAUGGCUGGAAAAUAGAUAAAAAAUUGGGGACAAUUUGUCUUGUCCUAUACUUAGUAUUUACUGUAUUAUCAAUUUUAUAUGAACUUGGCAUCAUAGGAAACAAUCCUACAAGGGUCUGUGGUAACUAGUUUUAAUCAGUGAUUAUGCUGGUGAAAAAAAUAAAAGCAGGAGAAAAAAAAACCCAGUUUCUUCAUUUAGUCAAAAUAAAAUUUAAAAAAACAACUCCGAACUCCCAUUGGGCUCUAAAUCUUAUAUACAGAACUAAGUCAUAUCAUUAAAGUAAUAUUAAGUAGAACAAAAACAUCACAGCCUAACUGGAGCCCUUUCUUUUAGAGUCAAGAAUUACAGUAUGACUACAACGCACAUAUAAAACCAAAAUUC